AUGGGAGACCUUCAGCUGUGCUGGAUGGGAGAUUUUAAACAACUGAAGCAGUUUAUAAACGAAAAUAUUGAAUUAAAUGCUGUAUGGAAUUCACCAGGUGGAGACAAGAAAACAUACAGUGACGGCCACACUUCAAUAUCGUGGCGGAAAAACAAGAAAGUCUUGCAAAUAGAGGGUAAAGAGAAGGACCGGAUUAAAUCUAAGUUAUGUUCAGUGUUAUGCAAUGUACAUUCUCAUAUCCCGGCAAAGGAAUCCGUUGCUACAGACGAGGGAAGCGGAAAUUCCUCCCUGACAUUAUCUGGGCUGUCUGCUGAUAUGGAAGGCAUAAAACUCGAUACCGUGAUUUGUGAAAGAGAGAUUGAAACCAACAGACAUACUAUUAGAAAUCUCGAAGACCGCCUUAAUAAAGUAAGUGGCAACUUCGAAGAAGUUAGUAAUAAACUUGAUAAUAUGAAAGAACUAUAUUUUCCACAUAACCAACAUGUGUCUCAAUCUGCCCCAUUAUUUGAAUAUUCUAAUUUGCUGGAAAAAGAUCUCCCACGGCCAAAAACUCUUUGUUAUGAUAAAUCGACCAGUACAAAAGAUUUAAUCGUAAACAAUCAGAAUCAGAUUACUGUUGACGAAUUACAUCUUUCCCCAACGGGUUUAGUACCCAUGUCAACAUAUACAAGCGUGAAUAGUACGUGUGCAGUACAAAUAUUAAAACCGUCGAAGCAUGCAAUUGUAAACCACAGUGAAAAACAGAUUAAUCAGUCAUCUGCGACUAAUACCUUUGUUUCGAAUUUAAUCCCAAGAACAGUUACUAAUUCAACUUAUUCAAAUGAAUUUAAAAGAAGACAGAACUUCUGUUUUAACUUAUUAAACAAGGGCGGCCCGACUGAAGAAGGCUGCCACAACAACAAUAAUAAUCCACCUCGAGUGCAAUGUAAGGAUCUGCAUAAACAAGAUAUUAACCAAGCUAUCCCCACACGCAUUACCUAUCGUAUUCCAUCUAAGGUUAGAGCAAAUCGUCAACAGGGUUUUCGGCCGAGUUAUGCACGCCGACGGACAGACUGGAUACAGCACUUGGAUUUGGUGCACCGUAUACUGAAUCCUUUAAUGCAAUAUCAGUGA